CAUGAUGUUGAGUUUUGGAUAGAGUGCAGCUUAAUUUACAUUCAAUCCAAGAAUGUUUCGUGUGGGAUCUCGGCGAGUUCAAAGACUUGUGAACGGCAGGCUCAGAAACACGGCUGCUGAAGUACAAUCUGUUGUACAAGAAUUGAACAGCUCGAAUGUUUCGUUGCCAUUUUCCCGUGCGAACAUCGGUCCAUUUUUUCAAGACCAGCCCCGACUUGACAACCAAUUUACUCAAGAUAUCACUUUAAAAACAUAUUUAAAACGGCAUGUUCCAAAACAGUUUUUGGCAGAGAUUGAAACAGACUUGGAACUGUUUGGUGGUCGAGUUGCCACGGAUAUUUAUGACCUGUCUCUGCGCUGUGAACGAGAGCCCCCUUACCUUGAGCAUUUUGAUGCCUGGGGGAAGCGUAUUGACUGUCUGGUGACCUCACCGGCUUGGCAGAAACUGCAUGACAUCUCGGCCGAAGAAGGAUUGAUCGCUAUUGCAUAUGAAAGAAAAUAUGCAGAAUGGAGUCGUCUGUAUCAGAUGUGCAAAUUGUAUCUUUUCUUCCCAUCAUCUGGGUUGUAUAGCUGUCCAUUAGCAAUGACAGAUGGAGCAGCUAAGAUAAUUGAGUCAAUUCAGGACAAGACCCCAUGGCUCAUGGAGAGGGCGUAUCGGAGGCUAACAUCGCGGGAUCCAAGUCAGUUUUGGACGUCUGGUCAGUGGAUGACUGAACGGAAAGGCGGAUCUGAUGUCGCUGGGGGAACAGAAACGGUUGCCAAACUGCAGCCAGAUGGUAGCUACACUCUCCAUGGUUACAAGUGGUUUUCCUCGGCUAAUGAUUCAGACAUGGCGUUCACAUUGGCACGUCCUUUGGAUGAUGAUGGGAGUACCAUUAUGGGCACAAAGGGACUGUCUUUGUUUUACCUGGAAGUGAACGAUGAGAAUGGUAACCUAAACAAUAUUGAGGUGCAGAAGCUGAAAAACAAACUGGGCACACGGCAGCUUCCCACAGCCGAGUUGUUACUUGAUGGUACCAAGGCAUUCAAGGUAUCGGAGGACGGUCGUGGCACUGCGGCUAUAUCCAACAUGUUGAUGUUGACUCGGAUUCACAACACCACUGGUGCAGCAGCCAGCAUGAGAAGAAUAGUGAACCUAGCCAGAGAUUACAGCACUCGGCGGCAGGCUUUUGGAAACGUUCUCAAGAACUAUCCACUUCACGUCCAGACACUAGCUAGAAUGGAGGUUGAAACGCGGGCUGCCUGCCUGAUGACGUUUGAGGUGUCUCGUCUUCUAGGCCGUGAAGAUGUGGAUGUUGCCUCUGAACAUGAGAAGCAACUACUGCGUCUGUUGACACCUCUAGCCAAACUGUACACUGGAAAACAGUGUAUGGAAGUCGUCUCUGAAGGGCUGGAGAGUUUUGGAGGUCAAGGUUACAUCGAAGAUACUGAUUUACCAAAGCUGCUCCGGGAUUGUCAGGUUUUAACCAUCUGGGAAGGCACCACAAACAUUCUGUCACUUGAUGUGUUGAGAGCUAUAGCCAAGUCUAAGGGAAAGGCCUUGCAGUCAUUUCACGAGGAUAUUGAAACCAAACUGGCAUCAGCUGCAGAUAAUGGUGAUCUGAAGACUGCAGCAGAGAAGGUCCGACAGGCGUCGGGAACCAUCCUGCAGUUUGCUGGAAAAAAUGCAUCAAGUUUGGAAUUUGCUGCCAGAGAUUUUGCUUACAGCCUUAGUAGAACAUAUAUGGGAUCUUUACUGAUAGAACAAGCUGCCAGUUCCUAUGCAUCAGAAAGUGAUGUAUACACAGCUCAAAGGUGGUGUGAGAAAGACUUGACACCAGUUUCCUCUCACUUCUCAAACAGUGCCUACACGCAGGAUGCCACCGACUCCAACUUCAGCCUAGUGUUCGACGGCUACCUGCACCCCAGCAGACUCUAGACAUUGCGAGCACUUCCAGUGGAUCUGGACAGAAUUCUGCGGUGUUCUGUUGCACCAAUACAGAAAAACCUGCUCAUACAGACACUGAUGUUAAGUAGCUGUCUGGUUUAAGUGGCUACCUUAUUUCUCUAGUAUUCUAUGACCGAUGAACUUGCUCAAGCAGUUGAUUCUGUGAAGCAGCAGGAGGUCAUUCUUAAUAUUCUCCCAAGUCAUAUAAGAGACUGUUCAACAAUUGUGUAAUGCUCUAAGAUUGUGGUGAUGUUAUGUUUUAGAAUUACAAAAUGUUAUAUUAGUAGGGAGUAAAACAAUUGCCAGAUUUUGCAUUAGGUAAUAGUAUAGUACAAACUGAUUAUAUAUUAAAGGGACUUUUUAACAAGUAUUAAUGCUUGUAUAUUAAUCAGGUUUUUGAUCAUCCUAGUGUUUGUACUAGAUCAAACUUCAUUUUAUUUCCUAAUAAUUAUGUAAUUUUUCUUAUUAUUGGAAUACCAAAUCCUGUUUGUUUCUUACACAUAUUAGAAUGGUCAGAAACACUUGGAAUACACAGACACUGAUAUUCUAAACACUAUAUUUAAUAUGUAAUGUUGAUCAUUACAGAAUUUUAUUAGACAAAAACAUCUUACAAUGGAGCACACAGGAUAGUCCCAUUAAGCAGAUGUCUAUUUACCUGUAUGUCAGCUUUUGACACUGCUUAAAGAGAGAGCUUGGCUCAGGUUUCAGUAUUUAUCCUAUAACUUAGACAUAAUGCCAUAAACUCAUUAUUAACUCUGUUAGUGUUUUACUGUCAAUGGGUCAUUUGUUUACAGCCAACAAGACUUGUAUACCUGAGCAUAAUGUUUAGAUGAGAUUUAGUUGAAGUGAGCGACGUCAAACUACAUUUGUGCCAAUUGCGAUAACAUCAGUCAUGUCAAACUACAUUUAUAUUAAUUGCAAUAAUGCCGUAUUACCAGUGAGGUGACUGAUUUACUAAAUAUCAAAUUAAAAUGUUAAAGGAUAAAUAGAAUUAUCAUAUAAUAUCUUACAUUUUCAGUGCAAUCAAAGUAUGUGAUAUUUUUCAGAUCACA